AUGCUUCAAGAUACAACCAACGUCUCUGUUACCAGCGGCAAUCACGACGAAGAAACUUCGGAUAUUGCAGAUGCAGCAUUCGGAGAAAAGAUUCCUGACAGCGAAUACCUGACGGGAUGGAAGCUUCACCUGACAAUUCUGUUCAGGCUUCUGCUAGCACUCUUUGCAGUCCAAAUGGAAGCUACGAUUGUUAGUACAUCAGUUAUCGCUAUUACAAAUGAGCUUCGUGGAUUUUCCAUGAGCUCUUGGAUUUUUACGGGCUUUUUGCUCACAUACAGUGGCUUUGUUAUCAUAUGGGCCAAAUUGAGUGAUAUCUAUGGCCGCAAGCCAUUGUUGCUCGCAUCGCUGUUCAUCUUCACAGCUUUUUCGGGUGGCUGUGGAGCAGCCCAAACUCUUACGCAGCUGAUCGUAUGCCGAUGUUUACAAGGUCUAGGUGCUUCGGGUGUCUACUCUCUUGUCAUUAUCAUUUUCUUCGAGAUGGUGCCACCUCAUGCAUUUCCAAAGUACACGGCUAUUGUGACCAUGUCGAUUACAAUGUCAACAACCUUUGGGCCGCUCAUAGGUGGAGCUAUCAACAACCACACUACGUGGAGAUGGGUUUUCCUACUGAACUGCCCGCUUGGUGCUCUGUCUCUUUUGGGAUUGAUUAUUCUUAUGCCAACCGUUUUCCCUAACCAGCGCUACUUGGCACAAUUGUCCAACAAUCCGCCUCCCUCGAAGUUUUCCUUCCAGUCGCUCAACAGAGUUGAUGGAUUAGGUGCCAUGCUUUUACUAGGUGCUAGUGUGUUACUUAUUACCGCUCUACAACAGGCAGCGGAUGGCAAAUCUUUUGCGGCGGCUGUAGUCUUACCCUUACUGGUCAUCUCUGGUGUGAUGUGGGUUGCAUUCGUAGCAUGGUCGUGGUUUGUCACCACUAAGAGAACGCUCCCGGAACCUAUUUUUCCAUGGCGCUUCAUUAAGAGCAGAGUUUGCAUAGGGCUAGUUCUCAACACAUUCUUCACGGGAACAAUCAUUACGGUUGCGACUAUUCAGAUCCCGCAACGCUUUCAAACUGUCAACGGGGAUUCGGCAUUUGUCGCUGGAACGCGAUUGAUUCCUUUCAGUAUCAUGGUUCCCAUGGGAGCUGUCAUUAGCGCACUUAUUAUUGGAAAGACGAGGAUUCCACCCAUCUAUUUCUUGUUUGCAGGCGGGCUUUUGGAGGUCGCUGGGACUGCCGGUCUCUGUGUGACGCCUACAACCUGGAAAAUAUGGCCACCGCAGUAUGUCUUUCAGAUUCUGGCUGGAACUGGAGUCGGAUUCUUCAAUGGCACAUUGACUCUCCUCGUACCAUUCAUCGUGGAGAAGAGAGAUCUUGGGGUGGGAACUGGUGCUGUGGCACAAUUCAAAGUCUUGGGCGGAAUGGCAAUCCUUGCGGUCGUUACGAGUGUCAUGAACAGGGUAAUACGGUCCGAAUUGGAACGUAUUCUACCAACGGAACAGGUUCAGCUCCUUUUGGAAACAACCAACGUCAUCGCCAAGUUUCCACCAGAGAUUCAGGAGCAAGUGAGGCACAUUUUUGGAAGGGGAUAUAAUUUGCAGAUGAAGAUCAUGAUUGGUUUCGGCGCUGCGCAGAUACCGUCAACCUUGUUGAUGUGGACAAAGAAACCGAUCAUGGUGGAGAAGAAGUAG